AUGGAUUACAUAAACACUUCCCAUCCAAAUUUCAUUGGUGAUAGUAAAGCUGUAGAUAUGACAUUGCAAAUGGAAAUAGGAGAUUCGGAGAAAGCUGACAGAAAUCUGAAGUCUCCGUCUAUAAUAGGACGGCAAGUGAAUGGAGUUGUUUCCGAGCAAGUUGUUCGACCUGCUGCAGACACUGGUGGCUCAAGUUGGGGAAUGUCAUCAAUUUUCGGUGGGCAUGAUAAUCACAGUUCAGCCAAAGAUAAAUCAACUAGCAAACCAUCUCAUGAACCUCUUCAUAUCAUGGAGCAGACCUUUUCAAUGAUUCAUUUAAGAGAGGCUCAUUACACCACAAGAUAUCUAAUCAUUGCAUUAAAAAAAUACCUAACGGAAAACAAAUUGGAAAGCGAAGCAGAUUUGAAGGCCACCGAGAACAAGAUUGAAGAUAUUGUUGGAGAUUUUGUCGAGUUUGCCGAUAAAAGCCCGGGGCUGGAGAGGAGAGGAAGGGGAUUCGGAAUAGAGCCUGAUGGGAAGUACAUAUAUGAGGACCCUAAAUUUACUGAGGGCACUGCUCAU